AUCUUUCUAUCUUCACCCUUUUUCGGGUUUUCCUCACACUCUUUUUUUCUCCGCCGCGAAAAUUUUGAAGUUCGGAAGCAGCUUGCUCUGUCUGUCUUUCUAUCUAUAUAUAUAGUCCUUUCUCACAUCCAUUUCGGAUCCGUCUCUUGGUGGGUCUCUCUCUUUCUCCUGGGAGGAGAAUCGGGCGAUCUCUGAGCUCCAUUUCCAAGCUGGUCAAGUGGGGGAAAAGAUGGUUGAGACUCAACCAAGCAAACCCUUGAUCC